GAACACACUUAGAGCUAGCUUCCCUCCAAACCUUCCCUCUCUUCUCUCCUUUUUCAAGCUAGGGAAUAUUUCUAAGAGAUAUUCCGAAACCAUGGCUGACGACACUCCUAUGGUUUUUAUUGUUGGUGUUCUAGGGAACAUUGCAUCGUUCAUAUGUUUCCUAGCACCACUACCAACGUUUUAUCGCGUUUGUAAGAAGAAAACAACUGAAGGUUUCCAAUCACUUCCAUAUGUGGCCGCACUUUUCAGUGCAAUGCUUUGGAUUUUUUAUGCUUAUAUAAAGACGGGUGAAAUACUUCUUAUCACCAUCAACGCCUUCGGUUGUUUUAUAGAGACAAUUUACCUUGUCAUCUAUAUCACUUAUUGCCCGAAGAAAGCCAGGAUCUUCACAUUGAAGAUGAUUUUCUUGUUCAACUUUGGGGUGAUUUUCUUGGUUAUUCUUCUAACCCACGUUCUAGCAAAGGAACGAACAGCCCGUAUCGAGCUUCUUGGAUGGAUUUGUGUAGUCCUUUCUACCAGUGUUUUUGCAGCACCUUUAAGUAUUAUUAAAGUGGUUAUUCGCACCAAAAGUGUGGAGUUCAUGCCCUUUACUUUGUCACUUCUUCUCACAAUAAGUGCAAUUAUGUGGCUGUCAUACGGUAUUCUCCUCAAAGACAUCUAUGUCACACUUCCGAACAUAGUGGGUAUCACGUUUGGAACAAUUCAGAUGGUGCUUUAUGCAAUAUACAGAAAGAACACGCCCGUCAAGGAUCAAAAGCAGCCAGAAAAUAUCACUGAUGAAAACGUGAAUACAACUGUGAGUGGUGGGAAUCAGGGAGCAAACACUGGAUUCGUUGAUAUAGAGAUUGGAGAGAAGAAGCAAACAGAGAAGAAGCAGGAACAAGGUGUUAAUGCUCGUGACCAAAUAGAGAACAACACCAAAACGAGGGAAGGCAUUUAACUACAACAAAAGAAAGAGGGUUAAUUAAGAAGUUUGAUGAAGGGGUAGCUAGCUACUACUUGUGCACGUGUUAUGCCUCAUUCUCUAUAUCACUGUCUCUCUCUGCCACCCUGUGUUGUUCAAAUUCGAGCAAAAUCUUAAUGGGGGCAGAGAUGAUAUAUAUAAUAUAUCAUAUAGAAUCAUAGAUCCAUAUCUAUGGCUAUAUCUUUUCAUGUAGUUAUUAGUUUGUGCUUUUGUGUGAUUUAUGUUUUAUUUUCUUUGUGUUGUUAAGCACCGGAAUAUCAAAUAAUUCAUAGAAGUUGUCAACAAAUCUUAAUCCAAGGAGCUAUCACGCAUCGAUUGAUUCUGCGU